CUACAAACAACAACGUAAAAUAACCAAACAAUCAAUCAAUGCUAAAGGAAAAAAGGAGGAACAAAUCUACAAACAACAACCAACGCUGGAAAUAAAGAAGCAAAAACAUCAAAACGGUAAUAUGAGCGACAAAGCAAGCAGGUGACGCUAAGAAAAAGCUAAGACAAGACAGCAGUUGGAAUACACACAACGAAAACGAUUAGUGCUAGCAAGUGACGCAACGAAAGAAAGGAAAAACUAAAGAAACACAUUUAUUUAUUUCUAAGAUUGAUAUUACCUAUUCAAAUGAUUAAUAAUUUAUUAGUAUUAAUACUAUGUUCUAUUAACAAUUCAAUUGCUACAUACAUACCUAUAUUUUCCGAUUUUGUAAUAUUUGAUUAUUCAUAACAAUUUACUAAAAGAAAAAUUUUAUAAACAUGGAGGAAUUACACAUAAAUAGCAAAUUCAAGCUUAUUUCAAGUAAUUUGAAUUCUCUUCCAUAUUAUGAUGGUAAUAGAGAUGCUCUUCUUAAUUUUAUUGAACGAACUGAUUUAAUGGUGCCUAUUUUAGAAUCAUUUCCACCUGAAUAUAAAGUAUUGUUAAUGGGCAACAUUAAAGACAAAAUUACGGGUAAUGCAAGAAGAUCACUCCUAAUGAAUGGAAAUUUAGAAACUUGGCCAUUAAUUAAAAAAGUUUUAAUUGAUUUUCAUGGUGAAAAAAAUUCAGCUGAAGAAAUAGUAGACAAGAUAAGAGCAUGCCGAUGUGACUCUUCAAUUGAGAAUUUCUAUAAUAAAUUAGCAACACUUUUAUGUCGUUUAAACAAUACGUUGUAUUUUAAUGAAAAUAAACUUCCUGAAGUUAACAGUGAAAGUAAUGCUAGAAUUGCAUUAAAUUCUUUUAAACACGGUUUACCAAAACCUGUUAAAAGUAUAAUUGUAAGUCGAAACCCGACAAGUCUUAAAGAAGCUUUUGAAAUUAUAAAGUCAAACGGUUAUUUAAAUUACACUGUCUCGAAUUUCAAUAGUAGACAAAAUCAUAAUAAAAAUAGACGUAAUUUCGAACAGACAUUAAAUUACAGAAAUACAGUAGGGUACAACAAUAACAAUGGGAGAUUUCAAUUUCAACAAAAUUUACCAAUGCAAUCGAGACAAACUCACAAUAUUAACAACCAGACAUAUAGGACACAAAAUCAUAACCAUUUUCAACAAAGUUUUUCAACACAAUCGAGACAAAAUCAUAACGUUAAUCACCAGAAAUAUAGAACAGAAAACCACAACCAACAAACAAAUCAUAGCACACAAUACAAUCAUACAACUAGACGGAAUCAACAUUUUCAUAAUAACCAAAACCAUAAUUCUUCUCAUAGAGAACCUGGACUUGAGCCAAUGGAUAUAGGCAUGAACGAAAACAACCAAAAUUUUCAAUUUGGCGAUCAGGGAAACUACCCUAUAUAGUCAUAAAUGCGAAAUUGAAGAAACUAAAAUUUAUUAUAGAUACUGGUGCUGAAUUUAGCAUAAUAAAUCCCAAACUUUGCAAUCCGAAAUGGAGAACAAUAUCACCUACUUUCAAUAUUAAACUUUUAAACGGAAAUGUCUCAACAAAUGUACGAUAUAGCGUACCACUUUUUAAAGAAUUUCGGAAAGAAAAUCAAUUUAUCGAUUUUAUCGAAUUACCGUUUCACGAUUACUUCGACGGUAUAUUGGGAAACAAUGUACUGCUUAGCUUAAACGCUAUAGUUAAUUAUAGAACUCGGAAGCUUGUUACAGACAAUGCAACACUACCGAUUUAUUUUUCUGAAAAAGAAGAGUACGAAGUAGAUAAAUAUUUCA